CGAACAUCUGUUACUCUCCAAAGUUUGAGUUUAGUCCCUGCUAUGGAGGCCAGAAUCCUUAAUAUAUCCGUUGUAGAACCUUUAACCCUCACACUUCAUUUCAACAGAAUCAAAGUAACGGUUUCCGUCCAAAACAAUGAUGUCGAUGACAUAAACCGAAAGCGUCGAAUCAAACCUUUGAAAAGAAAAAACAGAACCAGCAAAGUGAGCAAAGGACCCACUUCGCCACGUCUACCCACACCGACGUAAAGUCCCAAUCAAGGCGGGCCCCACUCUUCCUUCCUCCAAAACCUUUCAAAUACAAACAACAUAUGCUCGCUUCCCAGGUACUACCACUCAACAACAGUCCUCUUCUUCUUUAGUCCUUCCUUUACUUUCUUCUUCUUCUCCUGAAGCCAUGGAGCCCAAUAAGCUCCUCCUCCUCCUCUUCUUCCUCUCCGCCUGCCACCUCAUCCUCACCGCCGCUAUCGGCGUCAACUACGGCACAGUAGCCAACAACCUCCCGCCCCCAGCCCAGGUCGCCACCUUCCUCAAGACCAAGACCACCAUCGACCGAGUCAAGAUCUUCGACACCAACCCCGACGUCCUCCGCGCCUUCGCCAACACCGGCAUCUCCGUCACUGUCACCGUUGGCAACGGCGACUUCCCCCCACUCGCCAAGCUCCCCGCCGCCCAGUCCUGGGUCGCCGCCAACAUCCUCCCCUUCUACCCCCGCACCAAAAUCAACCGCAUCGCCGUCGGAAAUGAAAUCCUCGCCACGUCGGACAAGGACCUCAUCGCGCAUCUCCUGCCGGCUAUGAAGGCGCUCCACUCGGCCCUCAGCCUCGCCAACGUCACAUCCAUUCAGGUCUCGACACCUCACUCGCUCGGCAUACUCGCCCCCAACACGGGCCCACCCAGCCUCGGUCAGUUCCGCUCCGGCUACGACAAGGUCAUCUUCCAGCCGAUCUUGGAGUACCAUCGCCAGACCAAGUCCCCUUUCCUCGUCAACCCCUACCCGUUUUUUGGACUCUCACCCGACACGCUCAACUACGCCACUUUCCGACCGAACAGCGGAGUUUUCGACAAUGCUACCGGCAUGAACUACACCAACAUGUUCGACGCACAGAUGGACGCGGUUUUCUCGGCGAUGAAGAAGGUCGGCUACGAAGAUGUGGAUCUAGUAGUCGCCGAAACCGGUUGGCCCUCCGCCGGCGACCCGAACCAACUCGGUGUGAGCUUGGAAAACGCCGAGGCCUACAACGGCAACCUCAUCCGCCAUGUCGGCUCCGGGAAAGGCACGCCGUUGAUGCCGAACAGGACUUUCGAGACUUACAUUUUCGCGCUGUUCAACGAGAACCUGAAGCCCACUCUGUCGGAGCAGAAUUACGGGCUGUUCAAAUCCGACUUCGACCCGGUUUACGACGUCGGCCUUUUACGUAACGGCCAGGCAGCGGGCCCCGCAUCAGGGCCGGCAUCAGGCCCAUCGGCGAGUGCAGCGACAGGCCCAGUGGCAAUGGGUCCCACUCCCGACGGGGUAGCGCAGUCUCCGGCGGCGGCGGGGAAGAGCUGGUGCGUGCCGAAGUCGAAUGUGAGCAACGCGGCGCUGCAGAAGAACAUUGACUACGUAUGCAGCAGCGGAAUAGACUGCAAGCCCAUACAGAACGGUGGGCCGUGUUUCGAGCCCAACACAGUGAAGUCGCAUGCCGCUUACGUCAUGAACGCUUAUUACCAGGAGCAUGGCCCACAGGAUAUCAACUGCGAUUUCAACGGCACCGGAGUCGUCACCAACACUGAUCCCAGUUACAAAACGUGCACGUACCCUAACAAGGCGGAGAAGGAGGCAAAGUCGCCAGCAAAGUCGGUGACGGGAAGCUCAAUGAGGAUGAGGUGUAGCAAGGUGGGUCUGUUUUCUCUAAUGGUCGGUUGUGGGGUAAUGCUUAAUAUAUAGGAAAAAUGUAAGUAGUAUGGAACUCAUAUUGUUAUAGGGUUACUAUUACAUUUGUAGUGCGGGGACUAUUAUUCUAGUGGCCAUUUUUUGGGUGAUAGGGCAUGAGAUUUGGACCUCAUAGCUAGAAGUUGACUAGGGUUUGGACCAUUCAGAUGUUAUUUAAGGUGCUUUUGAAUUUUUCACAUAUAUGAUAUGUAUACCAUGUUUCAGGACUA